GAUGAGGUCCAUAAUCUACGAAGCCAACAUGAGAGAACGGUUUCCUGUUCAUGGAUGUUUGACAAUUAUCGUUGAGUUACAUAAUCACAUAGAACAAGCUAGUAAAGAGCUUUAUGCUGUUCAGUCACAGCUCGAGUUCUACAAACAGCAACAACGACGACAACAACAACAUCAAGAGAUCUCUUUGUCCCCAAUGGACUCACCCGAGUCUCAAAAUUUACAAUCUUGUAAUCCGGGGCUAACCCUUUUUCAAAAUGAAGCUAUAGAUGAUACUACUCCUAAUAAUAAUCAACAAUAUGUUCAUGUGAACGCGUUACCGGUCUCUACAUACACCAAUACAGGAAAUCAGAAAGAGAAUAAUGAUGGAUAUAAUAACAACGCGUAUAAUAAUAAUGCAAUGUGGGGUGAACAAACAUAUGUUAAUCAUAAUAAUGGCAAAGAUCUAGUGUCAAUACAAUCUCAUCAUCAAAUGGUUAACACACAGCCAUUGAACAUCCAAGAUGAAGUAGUCCAUGACUAUGAUGAGAUCUAUCCUGUUUUUGAUACUAUUGAUGAUGAUCAAUCAUUUAUAGAUUCUAAGGACGCCGCCAAUGAAUCAAGCUCAGAAUCUUCCAUGCAACAUGUUAAGCUAAAUAAUGCAGAACUCCAGUUUGGAAUUGUGAUUAAUGAUUACCAAACAUUUGCUUAGAGGAGUUCAGAAAACAAAAGUACACAGCAAAAGA